GUGAAAUGGGUUCCGAAACUCCGACUCAACUUCCGGUGAUAGAUUUUUCGAAUCAAAACCUAAAGCCAGGAUCUUUAGAAUGGGAUUCAGUGAAAACCCAAGUUCGUCAAGCACUCGAAGAGUAUGGUUGCUUCGAGGCAUCGUACGAUAAGGCUUCAUCGGAGCUCCGGAAAGCAGUAUUCGAAAGCUUGAAAGAGCUUUUCGAGUUACCGUUAGAAACCAAAAUGAAGAAUGUGUCGGAGAAUCCCUCUCAUGCCUAUAUUUCACCCCAUCCUAGUGCACCACUUUAUGAAAGCAUAGGGAUUGAAGAUCCAGAUAUUGGUGAAAAUGUCGAGUCCCUCGCUAAUAGCUUUUGGCCCCAUGGAAACACAAGUUUCAGAUUUAUAGGAUUGAUGGUAGAGCAACUGUCAGAGUUGGACGGGGUGGUAAGGAGGAUGAUAUUGGAAAGUUUUGGGAUCGAAAAAUACAUGGAAGAACACAUGAAUUCAACUAAAUAUCUUUUGAGGGCCAUGAAAUACAAGCCACCAAAUACAAGUGAGAAAAAGCUAGGGUCAAGAGAUCACACUGAUAAGAACAUUGUCACUGUUUUAUGCCAAGGCAUUCAGGGAUUGGAAAUUCAACUCAAAAAUGGUGAAUGGAUCACUGCUAAACCCCAUUCUUUAACUGUCUUCAUUGGGGAUUCUCUCUUUGCAUGGUUAAAUGGCAGGUUACACACUCCGUAUCAUCGAGUGAUGAUGAAGGGAAACGAACCGAGAUACUCGUUCGGGUUAUUUUCGAACCCGAAAAAAGGGUAUAUAAUAAAGGCACCAGAAGAGUUGGUUGAUGAAGAACAUCCAUUGAUGUUUAAGCCCUUUGAUUUCCAUGAUUUUUUGAGAUUUUUCCACUCUGAUGCUGCUCGUAAAUCUCAAUCUGCCUUCCACACUUUUUGUGCUCUCCACUCUAACACUUGACUUGGACAUUAUUGCAAAUUUACCAUUUUCCGGAUACCUUUUCUUUUUCAUGUAAUAGAGUGAUAUUA